UGGCCCUCUCGCCCGCUCGCUUUCCCUCAACUCGGGGGAAAGGUCAGCAGCGUCCUGGAGCCGCCGUGUCACUCCCCGACAGCCAUGAACUGCAGCGAGAGCCAGCGGCUGCGAACCCUCCUGAGCCGCCUGCUGCUCGAGCUGCACCAUCGGGGCAACGCCAGCGGCCUGGGCGCCGGCCCCGGCCCGAGCAUGGGCAUGGGGGUUGUGCCUGAUCCCUUCGUGGGCCGCGAGGUGACCAGCGCCAAAGGCGACGACGCCUAUCUCUACAUCCUGCUCAUCAUGAUCUUCUACGCCUGCCUGGCCGGGGGCCUCAUCCUGGCCUACACCCGCUCCCGCAAGCUUGUCGAGGCCAAGGAUGAGCCGGCCCAGGCCUGCGCUGAGCACGAAUGGGUCCCGGGAGGUGCCCCAGCUGCCGACGCCGAGACUGCCUCGGGCUCCCCGGCCGAGGGCAGCCGCCAGCUCGCCCCCGGGGGGCUGUCUGCCCUCACCCAGGGCGCCGAGAGGGUCUAGAACCACAGCCCCAGCUUGCUGGCUCGCGCCCUCCUCAACUCGCUUAACCCUGGGCGCAGAUCCUGCCCUUUCCCCCUUCCAGGAAUCGCCUCGCCAGAGGCCCAGGCAAUGAUGAGAGGCCAGGAGACUUUGUCUGAAAGGCUCUGGAAGGAGAAGCACCACCCUGCCCACCCCUGGCCAGUUUCUCCCUCCUCACCCUCCAUGCCUUCACCCCCAGCCCGCACAUCCAACUGCACUAAACUGCCUCUGCUCUCUUGUCUUCAGCAGCCCCGACACCACGCUCCAACCCUCUGGGAAAUGAAUCCAACACGUCCAACACUUGGCACUGAACUGAAGCAACGAAGUUUAUCAGAACUCUGGGCCGUCUAUCUGGCAGCUGCUCCAAGGGCUGCCAGGGACUGCUCACUCUGCAGAGCCAACAGGCUCGCCACCAUUGCCAGGCCACCUGCAGCAGCUCCAACUUCCUGUUGCCUUAGGGACCGAAACAAAGAAAAUGAAGAGACCUCAGACAUCCUUUCCCUUCUUCUCUCUUUCAGCAUGUCGCUAGCAGGACACUAGGACCAGUCUGUGGGAUAUAAUGAACUUAAUGGGGACUGAAGGAGGAGGGGGCUCAAGGAGGAGGGGAAAGACCUAUGACCCCAAUUGUAUGGUUUUCUUGCCUCUCCAGGUGUCAUCCCAAUGGUAACAUGCUUGAUUUUUAAUAAUUUUGCCAUCUUUUGCCAAGGGUGACCAUUACUGGGCGUGUUACUCCAAUACUUCCAAACGCCUCUCUGAUAUUGAUUCAGUUGUCAUUACAGUAUCUGCUUCAUCCAUGGAACACGAGUCUCAGAUGUCCCCUGCUCUGUAACCCUGGGGAAUGUCAGAGGCAGGUAAUAAAGGUUGUUAAACAAU